AUGACAGUGCCAGCAGCGACGCAGGUGCCCCUUUUUCGUGUCAGUAGCCCAACGCCAUCGCAGCGGUGGCCUGUGCCCGUGGUGCCUGUUUUGCACAUGGUGCGGCGGCCGUCUGACCCACCUCCGAUGGAGCUGAAGCCAACGCAGGAGCUGCUACUGCCUGUCUGUAGGCACUUUCAGCGGAUUUGCGUGUAUGGCGGCAGCAGUUCGCAGGUGGAUGAAGCGUAUUUGAAAAGUGCUGCAGAUUUGGGCAAAGCACUGGCAGAGCAUGGCAUCGGGGUUGUUUUCGGUGGUGGCAAGGCAGGCAUGAUGGGCUCCAUGGCCGACGCUGCGCUGGCGCAAGGAGGCGAAGUUCUGGGUGUCAUCCCAAGGAGCCUGGUAGAAAAGGAGGUGGCGCACACUGGGUGCACUUCUUUGAGGGUAGUGGAGUCCAUGCACGAGAGGAAGGCCUUGAUGGCCGAACUCGCUGACGCUUUCAUUGCUCUUCCCGGAGGAUGGGGCACCCUUGAGGAGUUCACAGAAGUUGCAACAUGGACCCAGCUGAACAUUCACCUCAAGCCAGUGGGUUUGCUCAACAAGUGGGGCUUCUGGGACGACUUGUUGAGGUGGGCAGAGCAUGCACGUCGAGCAGGAUUCCUGUCCCUGACAUCGCAGAGAAUGGUCUGUGUGUCUGACAGUCCGGACAAGCUCAUUCUCGCAUUGGCUACGGCCGAGCUGCCAGAUGCUGCCGAGAAGUUAGGCAAGCUCCAGAAGCUAGCUCCUGCUACAUCAUUGGGGCAAGAUCCGGCCAGUCGGCCUCUUAUGAAGACUUCCUACCGCUUGGCCGUGUCCAUGGUGAUCCUCGGAGUUGAAGUGGCAACCGCCGCAGCUUCCCUGCGAGCCUCUUCCACUGAUGAGCGGGCAGGUGAUUAUGGUUGGCAAGAUGGCAUUGAGGGUGGGGGAGGCUCGAAUUUGAACAGCGCGGUCUUCUCUGCUGUGAACCAAGAAACCGGGCAGGAGGUUGCUGUGAAGGAGAUGCGGUGCGGCCGAGGAGCUGGAAUACUGCCAGACGCAAGCGUGCAGAGGGCAAUGUUUGAGGUAAAGGUGAUGCGGCAGCUGACUGAUGCUUCGGAGGAUGCUAGCGACCUGCGGGUUCCGAGACUUCUUGAUCACCAGAUAUGGGACCUGUCGCCCAGAGAACCUGGAGCAUAUCUUUGCCGCGUGGUUAUGACACGACGAGAUGGCCAAGCCCUGAUUUCAUGGCUCCAGGAACGGUGUCUUCUGAGUGCGUCGGCUUGCUUACCCAGCAUGUGUUCGUACUGCGCGUCGUUCAUGCAUGCAGCAGCUGCAGCGAGGGAGCUGUUAUGCCAGUUGGCGCCAACUUUCCAAGAGCUGAACGGCCGUAUCGCAAUGCACCGGGAUGUGAAUGCAAGGAACCUCCUGGUCGCUUGCACGGAAGUCCGACCUUGCAAGGCAGGUGUGGCGCCCGGCGAUGCGUCGGCUUUGGAGUUCACCUUGCUGGACUUCGGAUCCAGUGUUGACUUCCAUGCAUGGAGCAGUGGGUCCGGUGCAGAGGGCUCUUGGGAUUUCGAGAAUCCGACAGGAGACGCAAGGUACUGGGGUCCAGCCUCAUGGAUUCGAUUUCUUUGUGGGUCGCAGGCCUUGGAAGGAAGUUUGGAGACCCAGUAUUCCAGGAACCUGGACAGCUUCGCUUUGGCCAUCUGCGCUUUGGAGACCUUGGCGAAGCUGCACACUGAGCGCUUCCCGAUGGACGUCCAAGAAGACAGGAUGAUGCGCGAAAGCGAUGCGCAGGAACGUGACGUCUUCUCAAAGAAGGUGGCGCUCUUAGACAGCAUCCAGCAGUUCCACAACGCAUGGUCGAGAUAUUGGAAAUUUGCUGUCGCCGCAUUCGAAAGCUUGGCCGAGUAUUCCCAGCUCGUGUGCCUCGGCGAGCAUCACAAGGCAACGCAGGCCUGGAAGGAGAAAGUCCUCAGCUUGAGCUUCGCCUGGCUGGGCUCGACCGUGAGUGCCGCCGCCAUCCGACAGACGCAGGCGUCAAGUUUAAGAGGCCGCUUGGCAAGACGUGCAGAGGCCUUCGAUCCUUUUGGAUGGAAGGGUGCCCUCAAAGACACGGUUGAGGGCCUCAUGGACCGGCUAUCAUGGUUUGGGGACUGCUGUCAUCAGGACUGCACCUUCGGUAAGCUAGUCGAUGCUGAGGCCGAGCAAGGAAGAGGAGCAGAUGGUUUCUCCAGUCUCUUGCUGCGUGCUGCGUCCGAGGCAGCGCUCUGCACUGAGGCCUAUUCAAAGCGCUCUUUUCACUUCUCCUGGUACCUCAGUUUGCAUCCCUGUGCGCCGCUCAUUCUAUGCAUUCAGAAGGGGCUGCGGUACGUGGGUGACCUUCAUCCAGAUGUCACUGAGGCCGCGUUCCUGUUGUUAAAGCUACAGACGAUGAACUGCGGAAGGAAACACCUGCAGCGCUCAGCGCAGGCCAUGCUUUACGAAAUCUUCAACUCAGUUGGACCCGUCGCAUCCAUCCGUGUGUGCCGCGACAGCGUCUCCCGAAAGUGUUAUGUCAACUUCCACAGCGUUUCCGAUGCUGAACGUGCUCUGGACACGCUGAAUUAUUCAAGCAUCAAGGGGCGUGCUUGCCGCAUCAUGUGGUCUCAGCGCGACCCUAGCCUUCGCAAAAGUGGUCUUGGCAACGUUUUUGUCCGAAACUUGGACAGAAACAUUGACAACAAGGCCCUGUACGAUACCUUCAGCCUCUUUGGAAACAUCCUCUCCUGCAAGGUUUGCACGGGGCCAGAUGGUAAGUCCCGCGGUUACGGUUUUGUGCAUUACGAAACCGAAGAGGCGGCCAAACAGGCCAUCGAACGCGUUGACGGCAUGCAGAUCGGAGAAAAGACGGUGGGUGUCACUGGAUUCGUCAAGCGUUCAGAUCGUGAGAAGCCAGCCAUGAACACCUUCACCAACAUCUACAUCAAGAACUUUCCGAACGAGUGGGAUGAGGACAAGGUCAAGAGUGAGUUCGCAGCGUACGGCGCUAUCACUGCUAUGCAUCAGAAAGAUCUUCGCACUGAUGAGCAGAAGGAAGCGGACAAGGAAAAGGAAGAGGAAGAGAAGGAUCGCACAGAGAAGAGUUACCUGCUCUAUGUUGCCCGUGCGCAGUCCAAGUCCGAGCGACUGCUGGAGCUGAAGGAGAAGAUGCCACCAAAGGAGCCAGCGGCUGGAGGACAGUCUCGCUCGCAAGGCGUCAACCUGUACAUCAAGAAUUUGGAUGAGUCCACGGACGAUGACUCCUUGAAAGCCCUUUUCGAACCUUUUGGCAACAUUACAUCUGUCUGCGCCAUGAAGGACAUCACAGAGGCGAAUGGCAAGUGCAAGGGCUUCGGCUUCGUCUGCUUCUCAACUCCGGAUGAAGCGACAAAAGCGGUCACCGAGAUGCAUCUGAAGGUAGUCAAGGGCAAGCCCCUGUAUGUGGGCCUGGCCGAGAAGCGCGAGGUCCGCGCGGAGCGCCUGCGCCAGCGCUACUCCCCCGGCGGCAUGGGCAAGGGCGGUGGAAAAGGAAAGGGUGGCAAGGGCGGCAUGGGCAUGGGCAUGGGUAUGGGCGGUAACCAAAUGUAUGGCAAUCCAAUGGGAGGAAUGCCCAUGGGAGGCCCGCCGAUGAUGGGCAUGGGUGGCAUGGGCAAGGGCAACAUGAUGGGCCAGGGUGGCCAGGGCCCAGGAAUGAUGGGACAGAAGGGAAAGGGCAUGCCAAACAUGCCAAUGAACCCGCAGAUGAUGGGCAUGGGUGCCAUGGGCAAGGGCAUGCCGGGUGCCAUGGGUAUGCCGGGCGCCAUGGGCAAGGGUGGCAUGCCAAUGCCUAUGGGCCCAAUGGGUCCCAUGGGCCCUAUGGGCAUGAUGCGGCCCACCAUGCCUCAAAUGCCGAUGAUGUAUGCCUGCCCCGAUGCCUCAGCCGGCUUCACAACAAACUCCGGCUCUGGGCAGCAAUUGACAGCUGCAGCCCUGGCAGCUGCACCGCCACCGGUGCAGAAGCAGAUGAUUGGCGAGCGGCUCUUCCCUGCCAUCUCCAAGUACCAGCCAGACUUGGCCGGCAAAAUCACAGGUAUGAUGCUCGAGAUGGACAACUCUGAGCUGUUAAUCCUGCUGGACAGCGAACCGCAGCUCAAAGCCAAGGUGGACGAAGCACUCCGUGUGCUUGAGCAAGCGAAGCCGCUUGCUGGGAUACAGAUGUUUGCCUGCGGGUCUGCAUUUGCAGGCUAG